AGAACAGACAAAUGUAGCCACCCACCUCUAGGAGGAAAACUGAGCUGCAGCCCUGGUGAAACAUAAAGUUUAUUUGACUAAAGUGACGCAAAAAUUCUUAAAGAGCUCUUUGGCAGCAGAUUAUCUGGAAAUCAGACCAUGUGAGGGGGAUUGGUGUACAAAAACCUCACCAAGAUGCUGAGUUGCCCACAGGCUGAGUUCCCGAGACUCUGAAGUAAAUGUGGGUGAAGGUUACUCGAGCUUGGAUAACUCCAAGGAAAACGCUUCAAACCCAUCCGAAAGACAGAUGGUGUUUGUGCCUUCAAUCUGAUGGAUUUAAAUAUGGAAGAGGAAUUCUAAAAGUGCUGGGAAUAGAAGCGUGGGAAGACAAGCCACAAGGGGACUCGCUGCUGCUGUCCGUCUGCAAGUGAUCAGAACACAUCUCGGAAAAAAUGGAAAAAAAGGCAACAAGCAAUGAGACUGCGCCGCUAACUUCCAAGAAAGAUGUCUCAGACUGUAACGAAGGAGAAGAUUGCAAAGGGAACGGACUUCUGGUCAGGAACCCUAAAUCUGCCCUGCGGCUAGUGGAGGAUGGCAAUAAAGUCCAUCCCAGCCAGGGAGAUAAAGGGGAGGCAGCUCAGAUCUCAAAUGGUUAUUCAGGGGUUCAGAGUUCUGUUCCCUGUAAUGGAAUGGGAGAGGUGGAAGAUGCCCAGUGCACUGCCCCAGCAGCCACAACCACCACUACAACCACCACUUCUACCACCUGCGGAGCAGAAGGCCAGCAGCAGCUGAAGGAGCUAGAAGACAGAGAGACCUGGAGUAAAAAAAUUGACUUUCUACUCUCUGUCAUUGGAUAUGCAGUGGAUCUGGGAAAUGUGUGGAGAUUUCCUUAUAUAUGCUAUCAAAAUGGAGGAGGAGCAUUCCUCAUUCCUUACACAAUUAUGGCCAUCUUUGGAGGGAUUCCUCUCUUCUAUAUGGAACUAGCACUAGGACAGUACCACAGGAAUGGGUGUAUUUCAAUUUGGAGAAAAAUAUGUCCUAUAUUCAAAGGAAUUGGCUUUGCCAUCUGUAUAAUAGAUCUUUACGUAGCUUCCUACUACAACACCAUUAUGGCUUGGGCCUUUUACUACCUCGUAUCCUCCUUCACGGCGGAGCUGCCAUGGACUAGCUGCACAAAUGCUUGGAACACAGGCAACUGCACUAACUACUUCAGCAAGGACAAUGUCAGCUGGUCCCUGCACUCCAUCUCUCCCGCGGAAGAAUUUUAUACCCGCCAAGUUCUACAGGUGCACAGGUCCAAUGGGCUGGAUGACCUGGGGGGCAUUAGCUGGCAAUUGACCCUCUGUUUAUUGUUAAUCUUCACCAUUGUAUACUUCAGCAUCUGGAAAGGGGUCAAAACAUCUGGCAAGGUGGUAUGGGUGACUGCCACAUUCCCUUACAUCAUACUCUUUAUCCUGCUAGUGAGAGGUGCAACUUUGCCUGGGGCUUGGAGAGGUGUCCUCUACUACUUGAAACCUGACUGGCAGAAACUCCUGGCCACUGAGGUUUGGGUGGAUGCAGCAGCUCAGAUUUUUUUCUCCCUUGGUCCAGGUUUUGGGGUCCUAUUGGCUUAUGCCAGCUACAACAAAUUCCAUAACAACUGCUACCAAGAUGCUCUGGUUACCAGUACCGUGAACUGUGUGACUAGUUUUGUGUCUGGAUUCGUCAUUUUCACUGUGCUGGGAUACAUGGCUGAGAUGAGGAAUGAAGAUGUAUCAGAGGUUGCCAAAGAUACUGGACCCAGCCUCCUCUUCAUUACGUAUGCUGAGGCCAUUGCAAACAUGCCUGCUUCCACUUUCUUUGCCAUCAUCUUUUUCCUGAUGUUACUCACACUGGGAUUAGACAGCACGUUUGCAGGACUAGAGGGCGUGAUCACUGGAGUACUGGAUGAAUUCCCGCAUGUCUGGAGCAAACGCAGGGAAUUGUUUGUCCUUGGUCUGACCAUCAUUUGCUUUUUGGCAUCGUUAGCAACCCUGACAUUUGGAGGCGCGUAUGUGGUAAAGCUGUUUGAAGAAUAUGCCACUGGUCCAGCUGUCCUAACAGUUGUGUUUCUGGAAGCAAUUGCUGUGGCCUGGUUCUAUGGCAUCACCCAGUUUUGCAAUGAUGUGAAAGAAAUGCUGGGCUUUACCCCAGGCUGGUACUGGCGAGUUUGCUGGGCAGCAAUUAGUCCCAUGUUCCUUCUGUUUGUCACUUGCAGCUUUCUGUCCAAUCCUCCUGAGCUACGGCUUUUUGAUUAUAAUUAUCCCUACUGGACCACAGUAGUGGGUUAUUGCAUAGGAACCUCUUCUAUCAUCUGUAUUCCAAUCUACAUGGUUUAUCGGUUGAUCAUCACUCCAGGAACACUUAAGGAGCGUAUUCUGAAAAGCAUUACUCCAGAAACAGCUACAGAAAUUCCUUUUGGAGACAUCCGCAUGAAUGCAGUAUAAGCUAACCUGUUUUCUGGGGGGAGAGAGGGGGAGCAUAAAACGUAACUUUCCCCAUACUCUCUCCCCCAAAGAAUUACAUUUCCAGCUGAGACAACAAAUGGAGGAGUUUUCUGUCACUGACAACGGGCAUUUGGAAACAGGAUGCCUCCAGCACAUUUAUCCAAGCAAUUCAAUGAAAUCUACUGUGCACUUCUUACCAGACUGAACGAACUGACUGAGAACUAAUUCAUUCUGGAAACACGAGGAUGUCUGUGUGCAUGAGAAUACCACUACUCCAUGCGUGGGCACUGGGGCUGUUUGAAAGUGUGCGUGAUCACAUAAGCCACUAUAGGACGAGUAUCGGUGGGUAGGAUUAGGUGUAGAAUCCCAAGUCUGUGGCAGUACUCCUGCAUCUUCCUCAAUGUGAUCGUUCGUACUGGGCAAUGUCGUAUUCGCUUCUAAGGUUCUAAUUGCUUAAACUACAUUGAAAAAUACAAAAAUAUUUCUGAUAGCCACACAUUACUCAAGUAACACAGGGUUUUAUAAGCUAGGAAAAAAAAUUAGUAAAUUCUUCGAUCCCUAGGUAGUGGAGUAGACAGAGGAAGAGGAAACAAUCCUGAGCAGCACUAUAUACAGCUCUGCAUAUGUUAGCACACACAUUUGGUAGCAUUAUCCUCCUUUUCAUUUCCUGCGUUUUGUAGAUGGUAACAGUCUCUAUUAAUUGUUUCUUGCAUAACAAAUACUACAACAGCAUUUUUUGUAACGUUGUAGGCCUCACUUUCCUUUAGACCCAAUCAAGCCACAAAAAACUCAUCAUGGGUUACUUGACAAGUACCUAAGGUGCUAGUACUUACUAUACUGUUUUCAUAACUAAGCUAGAUGUUCACAAAAUUAUUGUCUGACAGCCCUAACACUUACACCCGAAGAGACUACAGACCAACCAUGAAUUUUUUUGAGUUCCAAUGCCAAAAAGUGGAAUCUUAGAGAUCUGCUUCUCUGCUUUGCUGUUUUUUUGGUUUUUUCUUUUAAAUUUAAUUUCACACUAACAUUUGCUGGAGCCUGUGGCUUUUUCUAUUCUUUCCUAGUACAGAACUAAAGUUUAGAAUAAUCCUUUUGGCUGGCUGACAGAAGUACGUUUAACAAACUAUACAAACCUACUUUGAAGAUUUAUUAGCUCAUAUUAGCUCAUAUUCUAAUGUGAACACAUUUGGUUUUCACCCUGAAGAAGAAAAGGAGGGGAAAUUUUUUUAACAAGGAGUAGAGUUCAGCAGGAUUUGUUCUCAUCAGAACUAUUUAUAUUAAAUUUUGAGGCACUGAUAUACAAAUUCAUUUCCGUGCACAUACUAACCUCUUUAUAUUAUAUGCAUACACACGCUCUUCAAAUGUAACUGCCCUUCAGACUGACUGCAAUUGCCAAGUCAGCUGGAGGACGAUGGUUUUGCUGCAGUUACGUGAAAGUUUAGAUAAACCUAAGUAGUAGUCAUUUAUGUAAAAGCUUACAUUCUAUUUUUACUCUACCACAUAGAUUAUAACAAAAGUAAAAUAAAAUAGAGGAUAAAAGUCUCUUUUGUAUCUGUCAGUCUACUUAGGUAACGUACUGCUAAAAUUAACAAGGUUAUAUAUGCAUUCGUAGCAGCAGGCAUUAAGAAACCUAGUGAAGAGUUUACAUCGGUACGAAGAACUUACCAUGUUAGAGGAAAGCAGUGAUGGUGUGUUUGCCUUUUGAAAACUUUUUCAUCUUCCGCCAAGGUUUUUCUCCUUCGGUGUGCAGACACCUCCUGGAGGAAGGCUCCUUACACUUCAGCUCUUGACUUGAGUUCACUUAACUUUAGGUCUCAAGCCCAGCUUCCAAUAAGGAAAUAACUUAAAGGGACAAUGGCUGUUCUUUCGGAACGACAAACAAAAGACUCCUAAACUGUUUUUAAAAAGGGAGUAUAUUCUUGCAUUGCCACCAGAAAAACAUAAUAAGUCUGUCUUACUGGACAGUUACUCGUAAGAAAUAGUUUUGUAGCUUAUCCCUCAAGUAUAUUUGAAAACUACUUCCAAAACUGGCUUCAUUGUGAGGAAAAGAGGAACAGUUUGGGAAUGCUUUUAAUAUUGGAAAGCCAUUUAGUUAUUAAGUUACCAGUCAGAAAAUUACUGAUUUAAAAUAAAAAAUAUUAUCUGAGUUCAUUAAUUGAAAAAAUACUUAUGAAUUGUUAAUGUAAGAUGAAUGAGGUGCUCCUAUGUAUCCAAUAUCAAGGGUGGGAAAUAAAGGAGAAAGCCCUACCCAGCUUCUCCAUUCUUCAGACUGGUGUUCAAAUAACGCUAGGUGGUUUUCCUCCUAAAUAGGUAAGUAUUUAAAUAGAUAAAUCUUACAACUGGAAAUUCUUGCCAGACUUGAUACUGUUUCAUGCUAGGCUCAUUAAACCAAACCAAACCGACCGACCCAAAACUUACCGUUCCAAUUUUUAGUCAUUUACAUAUACCCAACUUGCAAAAGCCUCUUUAAACAGACGUUCUGCUACCUUUUAUUAGUAAGGAUGAAGGCGGGGACAGAAAUAGUUGAGUUAAAUAUAAGCCUUAUCUGCAUCCACGCCAAAGUUUCUCUUUCAGCCCUUGCAAACAAACUGAAACUGGGAACAUUAUUUCUAAUGGAAUUAUUUGCAGAGUAGUAAUUGCAGAAAUCACUGCUAUUUAGUGUGCAACACUAUUGAUGUUAUUCUUUUAUAACAACAUUUGAAAUGGCAAAAGAUGCCUCUUUAAUUUGUAUUUUUUAAGACACUAAUAUACAACAGACACUGUCUCUCCGAGCAUUUUUAGCACAGAAUGCCAAGCAAGGAAUGCCACUGUUUUCUAGUGGACUAAAAGUCAGCCAAGAAGCCCUGCAACAGUCACGGUGUAAAAUAGGGCAGGGUCUCUCAGCUUGAAUUUCUCAGUUGAAAAAUGAGAAUAAUGCACUCUGAGUACAGAUGUACUGAGAGAGGUGAAAGUUUUUAAAAUCACUUGAAGAUACAAAAGGCAAUGUAGACAUGCAAAGUCACAGGAAAAAUAUUU